GCCAUAAAACGCCAGAGAAGAAGAAACUCAGGAGGAGGAGGAGGAAGAAGAAGAGAAGGAGGUCUAGAUCUUCUGAGGUUGUUUGUCGAAAUUAUUAUUUGACGGAAUUUGGUAGUUCAUAAUUUCUAGUUAAAACUCUCCAGUCACUGUAAAGUGAUCAUGGCCCAGUAUAAAGGAGCGGCUAGUGAAGCGGGGAGAGCCAUGCAGCUGAUGAAGAAACGCGAGAGAGAGCGAGAGCAACUGGAGCAGUUAAAACAGAAAAUAGCUGAGGACAACAUUGUGAAAUCCAACAUUGAUAAAAAGUUCUCUGCUCAUUAUGAUGCUGUUGAACAAGAGCUGAAGUCCAGCACUGUGGGUCUGGUGACUUUGAAUGACAUGAAAGCAAAACAAGAAGCCCUUGUAAAAGAGCGAGAAAAGCAGCUGGCCAAGAAGGAGCAGUCUAAAGAGUUACAGCUAAAAUUGGAGAAGCAGAAAGAGAAAAAGAGAAAAGAGGAACAGAAGAGAAAAAUUGCUAGCUUGUCUUUCAGUCCAAAUGAUGGAGAAGAGGAAGAUGAGGAAGAUAAUGGAGAGGAUGAAGACUACACCCCAGUUAAGAAAAAGAAGCUGGGGAAGAACCCUGAUGUCGACACAAGCUUUCUUCCAGACAGGGAAAGAGAGGAGGAGGAAAAUCGCCUGAGAGAGGAGCUUAGGCAGGAGUGGGAACGGAAGCAGGAGAAAAUCAAGGGUGAAGAGAUUGAAAUCACUUUCAGUUACUGGGAUGGAUCUGGACACCGGAAAACAGUCAAGAUGAAGAAAGGCAAUACUAUUCAGCAGUUUCUACAAAGAGCCCUGGAGGUUCUGAGAAAAGACUUCAGCGAGUUGAGGUCUGCUGGAGUGGAGCAGCUCAUGUACAUUAAGGAGGAUCUGAUCAUCCCUCAUCACCACAGCUUCUAUGACUUCAUUGUGACAAAAGCUAGAGGCAAAAGUGGGCCACUUUUCAGUUUUGAUGUUCAUGAUGAUAUCCGAUUGGUAAAUGAUGCUACGGUUGAGAAAGAUGAGUCUCAUGCAGGAAAAGUGGUUCUGAGGAGCUGGUAUGAAAAAAACAAACACAUAUUUCCUGCCAGCCGCUGGGAGCCUUAUGAUCCUGAAAAAAAAUGGGACAAAUACACGAUCCGAUGAGGUGGCUUUUGUGGUGUUCAUACUUGAUGAAUAUAUUGCAUUUUUUCCAGAGGACAUCAUUCAAACAGCAUGCAAUAUUUUAAAGAUUUUUUUGUUGCUCUUUUAAAAAUGCAUAUGCAUUUCUAACGUCUAUCAUACUUAAGUGUCCCUUUUUACAGGGAAAUUGGUCUCAAACAGCUUACACACAGUGGAUAAACAUCAAUUUUAUGCCAUAAGUAGAUUGUAUUAUGGGAGUAAAGUUUAGAAAUAUCCUUUAGGAUGUAAAUAUAUUGGUUAGUUUUCAACCUUUUGCAUUAAUGCAGUGUCAUGUCAUAAAUAAAUGUACUUUUUUUUGGUAUUUGCA